UUUUGUAGUAGAUUAAAAACACGAAAUGCCGAAAAUACCUCGCAAUCAUUUUUCUAAAUUAAAUAACUGGGAAGAGUGGGAGAAAUAUAAAGUGCUUACAUUCUGUUGACGAUUGUAGUUUUCUAGCUGUCAUUAAAGUGACAUUUUUAAAAAAAAAAAAAAACACAAUGAGUGGAGACGAUGACCAGAAGAUGCUCAUCAUCCGUAAGGCCUUCACGAUGUUCGAUACGGGCAAAACCGGAUUCAUUGAAACAAUAAAAAUUGCUACAAUCCUCAACACGAUCGGUCAGUUAUUCGAUGAAGUGGCCCUCAACGAACUUAUAGCAAAAAAUGAUCCCGAUAGAACCGGACAAGUGAAUUUCGACGCCUUCUCCGAAAUCAUCCACCCGUUCCUUGAAGAAGAUUUAGAUGAAGCCGAAACACAGAACGAACUAAAAGAAGCCUUCAGAUUAUACGAUAGAGAAGGUAAUGGUUAUAUAACAACGGGAACUCUAAAAGAAAUUUUAGCUGCACUCGAUGAUAAUCUUACUAGCAGGGAUUUAGAUGGAAUUAUAGCGGAAAUCGAUACCGACGGUUCGGGAACGGUAGAUUUCGACGAAUUCAUGGAAAUGAUGACAGGAGAUUAAUUUAUCAAUAAACGAUAUUUCAAUUCUGGGACAUUCUUUAUAGUAUUGAUCAAAAUUCCAAUCACAGUAUACGUCUGCGGUUUAUGUAAACACAUUUACUAAUUAAACUGUUAUUUUUACAAUAAA